CCCCUGCCCGUUGCUGCCCCUCCCCUUGCCCCCUCAACUCCCCUGCCCCCCGUACACCCCAAGUCCCAUCCAACCGCCCCCACCCUCCCCCGGCUGCCCGUUUCCGCUCUCCACCCCCGCGACCGUGUGCGGCUUCCAACCGCCCAACGGUGGUGCGCACGGGGCGUUUCUUCGCAUGGGCAAGCCUCCCCGGGGGCCCCCCACCCCGCUGGGUCGUUCCCCCCGUCUCCCUGCCCUUAGUACCGCCGCGCUCUGCCCGUGCGUCACCCUCGCCCACGUCAUACCACCUCCCCCUUCUCCCUCCCCCGGCUUCUCCCUAUCAUCACCCGCAUGUUCCCCCACUCCCCUGUCCACAACGUCCCUCCUCCACCCCCCCUCCUACCUUCCCCACUCCCACUCUGCCCCCCACACCUCUACGAGCCGUACCUCCCCCUCCAGCCUUCCUUUCCCCCCCAGCUACUUCCGCAUCCAGCCCACCUACCCCAGCCUCCCUCUACCUCUCCCUAACUCCACACUGCCGGUCCUACCCCCAGCCAGGGUCUACACCCCUUGCUUUUGCUCCCUGUGCUGUGCCGUCCCCAACCUCCGUCCGCCCUUCCGCGGCACCAGACCGCCUCUCCCUCCCCCAACCAACCUCUGCACCCCCUGUUCCUGCUCCUUGUGCCUUCCAACACCCUACCCCAACCCCCCCCAGUCUCCCCCUUCUCCAACACCCCCCAUAUUUCCUCCCCCCUGGGGCUCGCCCAUCCGCAGCGCCUCCUUUCGGUGCCCUCUCGGCCCUCCCACGUUCUCACCCCCCGCCUUCCAACCUUCUCAUUACCCGCUACCAGGCUCACGCCAACUCGACUACCCACUACCCUUUGCCCCUUCCUCUCUGUUCCCCACCCUUCCUUCCCCACUUGGCUCCACCUGCCCACCCCCACCUCCCGUGGAAUUCUGCCCUGCCCUCCCCACCUCUGGCCCACCACCUGUCCCCACACCCUGCUCGCCCACCACUACAUCACCCCCGCCCCCCCACCUCCACUACAGCCCGCCAACACUUCCCCUCUCAACCGGCCCCCAGCCCGCCCCCCCCUUGGGCCCCAAUCCCCUCCAACCGUCAGGCCCCCUCUACCCUCUCUUCCACCCACUGCGCACCGCUUUCCCCACCCUUUUUCCAUCUUCCCAAGCUAACCCCCCGCACCCCGGCCUCUGCCAGGGAGUUCCUUCCCCCUUUGACGCCCUCUUGAGCCAACUCCAGCAACUCACACCGCCACCGCCAGGCAUGCUGCCUCUAUUACUUGUGAAAACACUUAAUCCUACUAGCACCCCCAAGCACAUAGAAGCGGGAGGGGGCAGAGCCAGGGGGGAACUUGCAGCUAACACUGCACGGGAAGGGGUAAGUGAAUGUGUGUGCGAAGGAGCAGCAGAGGCUGCAGAGGGUGGGGCAGCAAAGGCUGCACGGGAAGGGGCAAUGGGGGUUGUGGGGGAAGGGGCAGCAGAGGUUGCAGAGGAAAGGGCAGCAGAGGCUGCAAGGGAAGGGGCAGCAGCGGCUGCACGGGAAAGGGCGGCAGAGGCUGCACGGGAAGGGGCGGCAGGGACCGUGACUCUGGCCAGGCAAAGGGCAGAGGCCAUGGAGACAGGGGGAGGUGCUACGGGUGCAGCGGGGAAGGGGGUAACGGGGACUGGUGCGAGGGAGAGUGCUGCCCCGGCUGUAGCAAGAGAGGGUACGGCAGGGGCUAGAGUGGGAGAAGGGACAACAGUGGCCUCAAAGGUAGAAGGUGAGGCUGUAGCUGAAGCAGCAGGGAGGGCCAUAGCACGGCCAGUAGGGGCGGCAGGGGCCGCAGCAAACGCGGGGAAACACACAGCAGGGCCGGCAGAGACUGCAAAAGGGGCUAGCAGUAAAGCGGCAGCAGGCGGGGUGGGCUCGGAGGACAUAGGGGCAACAGGGGAAGGAGAGGUGAGUGUGGUCCCGACCGGGGUGGGCACUGAAGAGGGGGAUGUGAUAGCGAUAGAGGAGGAUGAGGGAGAGGAUGUGAUGCACAUUGACGGGCCACUGGCCCAAUACCUCACGCCUGACGGUGAGGCCGACCCGGCCCCCCUGCAGCCUCACGUCGAGGUUCCCCCUCUACCCCCCAUGCCCGUCCCCAUGCUAGCAGAAGGACCGAUGGAGGGGCUGGGGGAGACCUUGAGGACAGAGCCGCACGAGGGAGCCCCCAUCCUCACCUCCCGUCCUCCAGCCCACCCACCCCCAAGAGCACCACUUCCCCACCCCCACCCUCAGGUCCCGGUAGUAUCCAGGGGGGCAGCCAAGGCCCUGGCCUUCUUGGCGGAGCCGUGCUCCCCGACCCCCACGUUGCUCCAUGGCCAGCCCCCCUCUCCGUCCCCAACCCCUGACCCCACGGUUGCAGGCGGUCCACCGGGAGAGCACGCGGGUGCGACAAGAGCAGAGUCACCCGAGGGCACCCCUUCUCUCACCUCUCACCCCUCCCCGCCCCUUCCCUCACUCCUUCCCUCACCCCCAAGGGCAGCACACCUCUGCCCCCACCCUCAGGGGCUCCUUAGAGCACCACGUGGAGCAGCCAGGGCUCUGGCCUUCCUAGAGGAGCCAUGCUCCCCGACUCCUACCAACACCCAGCCACCCCCUACCGGCCCACUACCCCCCCCUCCACCAGGCCCCCCCCCACCCGGUAGUACACACAUCUCGGAGGUUGAAGCAUCUCUGCGGCCAAAUCCCUCUCCCACACGCUACAGGCACCCAAACCACCCGAGUCGCCGCACAGCCCCAACACGCCCACCCAACAGGCUGCCCCCCUCACACCACCCCCCCCAGGCAGCCGAGACCCACCCACAAGGGCUUGCGCCCCAGGCUCAUGGGAGCGGCGGCACCCGGGUAGAGGGGCCCACAGGAGAGGCCACCACAGAGCCCACACAAAUCUCUCUCCCCCCACCGCUUGUACCUCGCUCUAACCUCCACACUGGCCCAGCCCCUCGACCCCCACCUCCAACCCCCCCUCCCGGCCGGGUUCCCCACGAGUGGCCCCGUUGGGCAGCCAUCACCCCCCACACACAGCCUGCCCGAUCUGUUCCCACGGAGGGGGAUGUUUCGAGGAGAGAGGGGAUACACACAGAGCACCCCCCGCCUGGCGAACCACCCAUCCUCCCUCCACCCACCCCUUUGGCCCCACAGCCCCCCCUUCCUUCACAAACAGGCGCGGACAACCAGGUUGGCCGCCGGCGGAAGAACAGGGGCAGAGGAGGCAGAGGGUCAGCCCACGUACUCCCCCCUCCCUCCCUCCCCCACCAAGAGCCCCUCCCCACCCCACAUCCCGUUGAACCCUUACCAGGCCCUACCUCUACAGCCCGACCACCAAACCUACACUCCCGCCCCGCUCCUGCACCUCCACAGGGCCAUGGGAGCGGACCAGCCCACUCACCCCCAUUCUGCCCCUCUCGUGCUGUGUCCCCCUCCCAGGUGGCGGCGGCCGCGAUCGCUACUGGGAUGGAGGCCGUCGGGUUGAGGGAUGCGCCCAUGGAAGACGCCACCGACUCCCCCUCCCAUCCCUCCCACCCCUUCCAUGUCGACGACCCCCUACCGCAACCCAUGGUGAUUGGGGAGGGCCAAGGGGGCCUUCUAGGGCAGGGUCCACACCCGAGCUCCGCUCAGCCAGCAAGCCCCACCCCACCCUCUACCCUGCCAGCCCUCCUACUCUCACCUACAGGCAGGCAGGUCUUCGAGACCCCAGAGGAGGUGAGGGCUGGCAUUUCAGAUUUGCUGGCGAUACACCGCCCGAGCAGCUCUCCGGCUGCCCCCACCCUUCCAGUCCCACAGGACCGGACCCGGACGUAUGCGGAGGUCACCCGGUCUGUCCCUUCUUUUAUCCCCCCCGCCACUCAGCCAGGCGCGUCACUCCCGACCCCAAUGGAGACGGACCAGGUUCUGAGGCCGUGUCACGCGCACCUAGAUGGGGUGGCGCCUCCCCCCGUUCACCCCGUGGCGCAGGAGGUCACCAGCAGUAGGGAUGAGGCAUCCGCCCCUACCGAGACCCCUCCGCCUGGGGUAGCAGAGCCGUCACUUGAACCGCACCCCGCCGAGGGGCAGGAGCACACCACGGCACACACUUCAGGCUCACCUCCACGUCCCCCCUCCCCAGCUUCGACACCGGUACCGGUACGAGGCCCGGCCCUAUCCUGUGCGACACCACCUCUAUCUUCGCUGACACCCCCCAUGCACGGGGCUGGUGAGUCGUCUCCUCCCCUCAUCCCAGGCGAUCCUCUCGGAGCUCAGGCCGCCCACGGGGUCCCCUCUACAGCCAGUUCCGACGCCACGGCCCCGAUUGACCCCGCCGACACGGCGACAUCACCCGACCAGGUCGUGAGUUGCCCCACCUGCAGGAGCUCUCUCGCGAACCGACGCGCGCUCCAGCACCACAUUCCCUUCUGCCAUCCUGCGGACGCGGCUCGCAGGGCGCAGGCUGCCCAGGACACCGCCUCGAUCAUCCCUUCCCUCUCACAGCCCCGUGCGACCGGGAUACAGUUCACCGACGCACAGUGGCAGACGCUCGACUCGGUGGACUGGACAGAGUACUUCUCGCCCGAGCGUAUCCAUGCACGCCCUCUCCGACGUGUCCCGGAGAGGGUCCGCGGAGGAUAUCUCGACGUCCUCAGUGCGAUCCUAGUCCGCAUUGCCCAGGACCCGGAGGCUGCUGGCCCUACCUUCCUCCUCGCUGCAGCGCCGACUCUUUUCCUUGUUCCAGCGACGCCACCCGACCGCUCGCACACGGCUGCCAUUGCAACGCGCAUCUCCCGCUUUGGUCGAGGUGAGUGGGCUGAGCUAGUCUCAGAUGCACUAGGCCGUCGCACACCCCUUCCUCGGCGCACAGGUCACCGGUCACGCACCGCCACCGAUCCCUCUACAGCAGAUGAGCGCCGCAUUGCACGUUGUCUUCGUCUGGCAGCGUGCAAUGAGACCUCACGGGCGUGCGCGGCUCUCGAGUCCGCGGAGGCAGCCCCAGAUACACAGGGGACGAUACAGCGCCUGCAGUCGAAGCACCCCAACGCGGAGAGGCCGACCCCAGCUUGGCAGUCUGGCUUCCAGGGGUCCCCUCUCGUGCUCUCGUCGAACAUGGAUGUUCGGCCGAUUGCCAUCGGCGAGGUUUUGGUCCGCAUUCUUUCUCGUGCAGUCUGUCUCCAGCUACGUGACCAGAUGGCGAGGGUCUUCUUGGCGUCACAGCAGUUUGGGGUGGGGGUUACGUGCGGGACAGAGGUCGUAGUUAGAGGCGUCCGCCGUGCUUUGGCUGACCACCCAGACUGGGUGGUCCUGCAGCUAGACGUGGCGAAUGCCUUUAACUCCUUCCACCGAGACUGGAUGUUCCAGGCGUUGCAGGCCAGCCCGGAGUUUCAGUGCCUGAUCCCUUUCAUCGGCCUCUUCUACGGGACGCCCUCGGAUCUCCACUACAGGUCAGGCACGGGAGUGGUCACGAUGCACUCGGAGCGGGGCACUCGCCAGGGAGACCCUCUCAGCCCCUUCUUGUACGCUCUGACACAGCGUCUUGCUUUGGAGCCGGUUCUGGUGGAGGGGGAUGUCCAGCUCUGGUCGUACGCCGAUGACACGUACGUGCUAGGUCCCCCAGACAGGGUGCUGCACCACUUUGCCGAGAUCGUGAGGCGCUUGGGCGAGAUGGGCCUUGCAGCCCAGCCGCACAAGUGCCUCGUCUACCAGACAGAGUCCUUUCUGUCCAGGGAUCUGGAGGCCUUCACGGGCCUAGGGAUCGAGGUCGCACGCCGAGGGCUCACCGUGACAGGCGUACCGAUAGGCACCGUUUCGUUCGUGGAGCAGAGUCUCCCGGAUCGUCUCGAGAGGAUGGGGCGGGUGCUACCUUGGCUUCCGAGGUUGCGCCAGCCCCAGACAGCUGCCCGCCUUCUGUCGGCGUGUGUCAGCACUCGUCCGCAGUACCUGUCGAGGACCGUCCCUCCUUCGCCCGCAGUGAUCUCUAGUUUUACACGGUGGGACGCACGCCUGGGAGAGACAUUUCAGCAGCUUUUAGCUUCAGGGACCUGGGCUUGUCGCGAGGACGUCCGAGAGGCCGCCCUAGACCAGAUCUUCCUCCCCAUCCGUCUCGGGGGUUUUGGCAUUCGUCGCAUGGCACGCAUCGCCCCGGUGAGUUUCGUGUGCUCCUGGGUGCAGUGUGCUCCCAUUCUCUGUUCUCUCCCUGCGUGUGGCGAGGUGUUUCGGCAGAGCUUCACUUCAGGUGAGCCAGAGCAGAUCGACCGGGCUCUGCAGACGGCGCUAGAGGGUCUCCCACCCGACGUUCUCUCUCUCCUUCCCCCCUGGCCCUCUUGCGCUUCUGCCUCCCCCGAUUCCCUUUUUGCAGGAGCGAGCCGUCUUCUGGAGGCGCAUGCCUUGGAGGCCGUGCGUGCCCGUCACGCCUCUCCCUUGCACCUUGCCCGUUUGACUUCCCUUCAGGGCGGAGGUGCAGGGGCGUGGUUGACGUCGGUGCCGUACGCUGACCCACUGCGCAUCCCGGAGGCGCUGUGGCAGGCGGCUUCAUCUUCUCGUCUCGGUCUCCCUAUCCCCCAGUUAGCCCUUGCAGGUCAGUGCUCCUGCGGACAGGCGAUUGACGACAUGACGGUGCCUCAUCACGCGGUUCGGUGCCCGCGCUACGGGGUCGCCACUACCAUCCACGACACGGUGAAGUACAUGCUUCGAGACUUUGCGGUCGAGGCGGGCUUCGCGGUAAAGGUGGAGGACUCUACGCUGUUCACACAGUUGGAGGCGGCUCGAGCGAGACUACUGGGACAGCCAGUGGUGGGAGAGGGGACGCGGGCUGAGGGACCGGGGGAGCAGAGAGGCGAGGCGGGACAGCCGGGUGGCGGGGGACAGUGGGGACAGCACCAGCUGCGGGGUCAGGUGGAGCGAGGGAUAGGUGGGCGGAGGGGACGGCAGGGGGAGCAGACGGGCCAGGACGGGGAGGGGAGACGGCACAGGCAGCAGCAGGAGAGCCAGGGGAGGCCGCGGGCCCAGGGCGCCGCGCCUCCAGGUUCGGCCUCGGAGGAGGGGCAGGGGCGGGAGCAGCAGAGAGCGGACGGAGGUACAGGAGGGGCAGCGGGAUUGGGAGGGGAGGGCCAGGGAGUGAGAGAGGCAGCAGGGGAUGGAGCAGGGGGGUCGGGAGGGUUGGGGGAGGGUAGAGAGGGGGAGGGGAGAGGACAGGUGGAUGGAGGAGAGGAGAGGGGGAGAGAGACGAUCGGAGAGGAGGCACCAAGGGACCAGACAGGGCAGCAGCCAGCGCAACAGCAGGGACCAGUCGGACGCACAGGCCGUGUAGGCACCGCCUCCCGCAUCCCAGACCUCACCUGCCGCGACGUUGGCCAGGGUCUGAUGGUUCUUGUGGAUGUCUCCAUAGCGGAUCCACAGCGGGAGGGGAACGUGCAGCUGAGACGGGCGACCCCCACACAGAUUGGAGUGGCAGCAGCUAGGCGGGUGCAGGAGAAGCUGCGGCACUGGGGGCCGCACUUAGAGGGGCUGCAGCCGGCACCACACUUUUACGCGUGCGUGGCGGAGACCUUUGGCCUUCUGAGUGAGCCGCUACGUCAGUUUCUGGGGCUCUGCGCAAAGAGGAUAGCACAGCGGAGGAGGGAUAGAGGUGGGGGGGAUGACGGAUCGGCACGGAUAUUUGAGGCAGGACUCACUACACGCCUCUCCGUUGCACUGCAGCGCGCGCAGGCUCAAUGCAUGAUCCAGCAUGCGGUGCGGCAGUUAGGGGGAUCCGACGACGGGUGGAUGCCCGCACCAGUCCCACUGGGUGCGGGGCAGGGUACUUGGCACCACGUCACAGGUCACACCCCCUGCCCCCUCAUGCCAUCCGCUCCCCCCGCCCCUACCCUCCGCGUGCCCGCUCCCUUGCCGCCUCUUUUGACCCUCCCUGCCCCCCCUCGCCGUUUCCCACCGCCCGCCAUUCGCUCCUCCCCGCCCGUGCGCUCCCCUCCUUUACCUUCUCCUCCCCCCUCCCCUCCUCUGCUGCACGCCUCUUCCUUCCCCUCGCCGACCCACUCCACUCCCUGCCCCUCCUCAAUCCGCACCCUGCCCCUCGUAUCUCGCCCCCCUAUGCUUGGUUUCUCCCCUCCCUGCCCCUCGCCGCCUUUCCCCGCUCCCCACCUCCCCCCUCUCCCUGCCCCCCCCACUCUCCCCCCCCCUUGUCCUUGGCUUCCUACCUCCCUGCCUCACCUUUCCCCCCUCCGUGUGCUCAGCUUCUCCCCUCCCUGCCCCUCCCUCCUCCCCGCCCUGCCCCUCAUUUUCCGCCCCCCCCCCCCCCCACGCCCGGUUUCUCCCCUCCCCGCGCCUCCCUUUCUUUCUCCGUGCCUCUCCUUUGCUCCCUCCCUGCCCCCGCCUGCCCAUGCCCCUGUCUUUGGCUUCUCCCCUCCCUGCCCCACGUUUCUUCCCUCCCUGCCCCCCGUCUGCCCCUCCCUUGUUUUCCCCUCACCCAUUGCUUCUCUCCUCCCUGCCCUUGAUUUCCCACACCCCUGCCCUCGUUUCCUAUCAUCCAUGCCCCUCGUUUCCCCCCUUUGUACGUUCAGCCUCUUCCCUCCCUGCCCCUCCCUUCCUCCCCCCCUGCCCUUUGCUCUCCCCUCCCCCUGCCCGUUGCUGCCCCUCCCCUUGCCCCCUCAACUCCCCUGCCCCCCGUACACCCCAAGUCCCAUCCAACCGCCCCCACCCUCCCCCGGCUGCCCGUUUCCGCUCUCCACCCCCGCGACCGUGUGCGGCUUCCAACCGCCCAACGGUGGUGCGCACGGGGCUCACACCCCCUGCCCCCUCAUGCCAUCCGCUCCCCCCGCCCCUACCCUCCGCGUGCCCGCUCCCUUGCCGCCUCUUUUGACCCUCCCUGCCCCCCCUCGCCGUUUCCCACCGCCCGCCAUUCGCUCCUCCCCGCCCGUGCGCUCCCCUCCUUUACCUUCUCCUCCCCCCUCCCCUCCUCUGCUGCACGCCUCUUCCUUCCCCUCGCCGACCCACUCCACUCCCUGCCCCUCCUCAAUCCGCACCCUGCCCCUCGUAUCUCGCCCCCCUAUGCUUGGUUUCUCCCCUCCCUGCCCCUCGCCGCCUUUCCCCGCUCCCCACCUCCCCCCUCUCCCUGCCCCCCCCACUCUCCCCCCCCCUUGUCCUUGGCUUCCUACCUCCCUGCCUCACCUUUCCCCCCUCCGUGUGCUCAGCUUCUCCCCUCCCUGCCCCUCCCUCCUCCCCGCCCUGCCCCUCAUUUUCCGCCCCCCCCCCCCCCCACGCCCGGUUUCUCCCCUCCCCGCGCCUCCCUUUCUUUCUCCGUGCCUCUCCUUUGCUCCCUCCCUGCCCCCGCCUGCCCAUGCCCCUGUCUUUGGCUUCUCCCCUCCCUGCCCCACGUUUCUUCCCUCCCUGCCCCCCGUCUGCCCCUCCCUUGUUUUCCCCUCACCCAUUGCUUCUCUCCUCCCUGCCCUUGAUUUCCCACACCCCUGCCCUCGUUUCCUAUCAUCCAUGCCCCUCGUUUCCCCCCUUUGUACGUUCAGCCUCUUCCCUCCCUGCCCCUCCCUUCCUCCCCCCCUGCCCUUUGCUCUCCCCUCCCCCUGCCCGUUGCUGCCCCUCCCCUUGCCCCCUCAACUCCCCUGCCCCCCGUACACCCCAAGUCCCAUCCAACCGCCCCCACCCUCCCCCGGCUGCCCGUUUCCGCUCUCCACCCCCGCGACCGUGUGCGGCUUCCAACCGCCCAACGGUGGUGCGCACGGGGCGUUUCUUCGCAUGGGCAAGCCUCCCCGGGGGCCCCCCACCCCGCUGGGUCGUUCCCAGUACUGCUCUCGCCCACCGGAAGGAGAGGUGAGUGUGGUCCCGACCGGGGUGGGCACUGAAGAGGGGGAUGUGAUAGCGAUAGAGGAGGAUGAGGGAGAGGAUGUGAUGCACAUUGACGGGCCACUGGCCCAAUACCUCACGCCUGACGGUGAGGCCGACCCGGCCCCCCUGCAGCCUCACGUCGAGGUUCCCCCUCUACCCCCCAUGCCCGUCCCCAUGCUAGCAGAAGGACCGAUGGAGGGGCUGGGGGAGACCUUGAGGACAGAGCCGCACGAGGGAGCCCCCAUCCUCACCUCCCGUCCUCCAGCCCACCCACCCCCAAGAGCACCACUUCCCCACCCCCACCCUCAGGUCCCGGUAGUAUCCAGGGGGGCAGCCAAGGCCCUGGCCUUCUUGGCGGAGCCGUGCUCCCCGACCCCCACGUUGCUCCAUGGCCAGCCCCCCUCUCCGUCCCCAACCCCUGACCCCACGGUUGCAGGCGGUCCACCGGGAGAGCACGCGGCACACCUCUGCCCCCACCCUCAGGGGCUCCUUAGAGCACCACGUGGAGCAGCCAGGGCUCUGGCCUUCCUAGAGGAGCCAUGCUCCCCGACUCCUACCAACACCCAGCCACCCCCUACCGGCCCACUACCCCCCCCUCCACCAGGCCCCCCCCCACCCGGUAGUACACACAUCUCGGAGGUUGAAGCAUCUCUGCGGCCAAAUCCCUCUCCCACACGCUACAGGCACCCAAACCACCCGAGUCGCCGCACAGCCCCAACACGCCCACCCAACAGGCUGCCCCCCUCACACCACCCCCCCCAGGCAGCCGAGACCCACCCACAAGGGCUUGCGCCCCAGGCUCAUGGGAGCGGCGGCACCCGGGUAGAGGGGCCCACAGGAGAGGCCACCACAGAGCCCACACAAAUCUCUCUCCCCCCACCGCUUGUACCUCGCUCUAACCUCCACACUGGCCCAGCCCCUCGACCCCCACCUCCAACCCCCCCUCCCGGCCGGGUUCCCCACGAGUGGCCCCGUUGGGCAGCCAUCACCCCCCACACACAGCCUGCCCGAUCUGUUCCCACGGAGGGGGAUGUUUCGAGGAGAGAGGGGAUACACACAGAGCACCCCCCGCCUGGCGAACCACCCAUCCUCCCUCCACCCACCCCUUUGGCCCCACAGCCCCCCCUUCCUUCACAAACAGGCGCGGACAACCAGGUUGGCCGCCGGCGGAAGAACAGGGGCAGAGGAGGCAGAGGGUCAGCCCACGUACUCCCCCCUCCCUCCCUCCCCCACCAAGAGCCCCUCCCCACCCCACAUCCCGUUGAACCCUUACCAGGCCCUACCUCUACAGCCCGACCACCAAACCUACACUCCCGCCCCGCUCCUGCACCUCCACAGGGCCAUGGGAGCGGACCAGCCCACUCACCCCCAUUCUGCCCCUCUCGUGCUGUGUCCCCCUCCCAGGUGGCGGCGGCCGCGAUCGCUACUGGGAUGGAGGCCGUCGGGUUGAGGGAUGCGCCCAUGGAAGACGCCACCGACUCCCCCUCCCAUCCCUCCCACCCCUUCCAUGUCGACGACCCCCUACCGCAACCCAUGGUGAUUGGGGAGGGCCAAGGGGGCCUUCUAGGGCAGGGUCCACACCCGAGCUCCGCUCAGCCAGCAAGCCCCACCCCACCCUCUACCCUGCCAGCCCUCCUACUCUCACCUACAGGCAGGCAGGUCUUCGAGACCCCAGAGGAGGUGAGGGCUGGCAUUUCAGAUUUGCUGGCGAUACACCGCCCGAGCAGCUCUCCGGCUGCCCCCACCCUUCCAGUCCCACAGGACCGGACCCGGACGUAUGCGGAGGUCACCCGGUCUGUCCCUUCUUUUAUCCCCCCCGCCACUCAGCCAGGCGCGUCACUCCCGACCCCAAUGGAGACGGACCAGGUUCUGAGGCCGUGUCACGCGCACCUAGAUGGGGUGGCGCCUCCCCCCGUUCACCCCGUGGCGCAGGAGGUCACCAGCAGUAGGGAUGAGGCAUCCGCCCCUACCGAGACCCCUCCGCCUGGGGUAGCAGAGCCGUCACUUGAACCGCACCCCGCCGAGGGGCAGGAGCACACCACGGCACACACUUCAGGCUCACCUCCACGUCCCCCCUCCCCAGCUUCGACACCGGUACCGGUACGAGGCCCGGCCCUAUCCUGUGCGACACCACCUCUAUCUUCGCUGACACCCCCCAUGCACGGGGCUGGUGAGUCGUCUCCUCCCCUCAUCCCAGGCGAUCCUCUCGGAGCUCAGGCCGCCCACGGGGUCCCCUCUACAGCCAGUUCCGACGCCACGGCCCCGAUUGACCCCGCCGACACGGCGACAUCACCCGACCAGGUCGUGAGUUGCCCCACCUGCAGGAGCUCUCUCGCGAACCGACGCGCGCUCCAGCACCACAUUCCCUUCUGCCAUCCUGCGGACGCGGCUCGCAGGGCGCAGGCUGCCCAGGACACCGCCUCGAUCAUCCCUUCCCUCUCACAGCCCCGUGCGACCGGGAUACAGUUCACCGACGCACAGUGGCAGACGCUCGACUCGGUGGACUGGACAGAGUACUUCUCGCCCGAGCGUAUCCAUGCACGCCCUCUCCGACGUGUCCCGGAGAGGGUCCGCGGAGGAUAUCUCGACGUCCUCAGUGCGAUCCUAGUCCGCAUUGCCCAGGACCCGGAGGCUGCUGGCCCUACCUUCCUCCUCGCUGCAGCGCCGACUCUUUUCCUUGUUCCAGCGACGCCACCCGACCGCUCGCACACGGCUGCCAUUGCAACGCGCAUCUCCCGCUUUGGUCGAGGUGAGUGGGCUGAGCUAGUCUCAGAUGCACUAGGCCGUCGCACACCCCUUCCUCGGCGCACAGGUCACCGGUCACGCACCGCCACCGAUCCCUCUACAGCAGAUGAGCGCCGCAUUGCACGUUGUCUUCGUCUGGCAGCGUGCAAUGAGACCUCACGGGCGUGCGCGGCUCUCGAGUCCGCGGAGGCAGCCCCAGAUACACAGGGGACGAUACAGCGCCUGCAGUCGAAGCACCCCAACGCGGAGAGGCCGACCCCAGCUUGGCAGUCUGGCUUCCAGGGGUCCCCUCUCGUGCUCUCGGUGGAUCACUUACGCCGCGCGAUUUUCACAGCUCCGCGGGGCUCUUCGGGAGGACCGUCCGGUUGGGUCGCUGAGCACCUGCGAGACACUUUCCUAGCUUUCCCUCAGAGUCUCCAUUUCCUCCUGGCCGUGUACCAGCAGUGGCUCCGAGGCCGUUGCGCUCCAGCUACGCGCUCCUUGCUAGCGUCUUCCACCCUUGUGGCUCUGGCGAAGUCGAACAUGGAUGUUCGGCCGAUUGCCAUCGGCGAGGUUUUGGUCCGCAUUCUUUCUCGUGCAGUCUGUCUCCAGCUACGUGACCAGAUGGCGAGGGUCUUCUUGGCGUCACAGCAGUUUGGGGUGGGGGUUACGUGCGGGACAGAGGUCGUAGUUAGAGGCGUCCGCCGUGCUUUGGCUGACCACCCAGACUGGGUGGUCCUGCAGCUAGACGUGGCGAAUGCCUUUAACUCCUUCCACCGAGACUGGAUGUUCCAGGCGUUGCAGGCCAGCCCGGAGUUUCAGUGCCUGAUCCCUUUCAUCGGCCUCUUCUACGGGACGCCCUCGGAUCUCCACUACAGGUCAGGCACGGGAGUGGUCACGAUGCACUCGGAGCGGGGCACUCGCCAGGGAGACCCUCUCAGCCCCUUCUUGUACGCUCUGACACAGCGUCUUGCUUUGGAGCCGGUUCUGGUGGAGGGGGAUGUCCAGCUCUGGUCGUACGCCGAUGACACGUACGUGCUAGGUCCCCCAGACAGGGUGCUGCACCACUUUGCCGAGAUCGUGAGGCGCUUGGGCGAGAUGGGCCUUGCAGCCCAGCCGCACAAGUGCCUCGUCUACCAGACAGAGUCCUUUCUGUCCAGGGAUCUGGAGGCCUUCACGGGCCUAGGGAUCGAGGUCGCACGCCGAGGGCUCACCGUGACAGGCGUACCGAUAGGCACCGUUUCGUUCGUGGAGCAGAGUCUCCCGGAUCGUCUCGAGAGGAUGGGGCGGGUGCUACCUUGGCUUCCGAGGUUGCGCCAGCCCCAGACAGCUGCCCGCCUUCUGUCGGCGUGUGUCAGCACUCGUCCGCAGUACCUGUCGAGGACCGUCCCUCCUUCGCCCGCAGUGAUCUCUAGUUUUACACGGUGGGACGCACGCCUGGGAGAGACAUUUCAGCAGCUUUUAGCUUCAGGGACCUGGGCUUGUCGCGAGGACGUCCGAGAGGCCGCCCUAGACCAGAUCUUCCUCCCCAUCCGUCUCGGGGGUUUUGGCAUUCGUCGCAUGGCACGCAUCGCCCCGGUGAGUUUCGUGUGCUCCUGGGUGCAGUGUGCUCCCAUUCUCUGUUCUCUCCCUGCGUGUGGCGAGGUGUUUCGGCAGAGCUUCACUUCAGGUGAGCCAGAGCAGAUCGACCGGGCUCUGCAGACGGCGCUAGAGGGUCUCCCACCCGACGUUCUCUCUCUCCUUCCCCCCUGGCCCUCUUGCGCUUCUGCCUCCCCCGAUUCCCUUUUUGCAGGAGCGAGCCGUCUUCUGGAGGCGCAUGCCUUGGAGGCCGUGCGUGCCCGUCACGCCUCUCCCUUGCACCUUGCCCGUUUGACUUCCCUUCAGGGCGGAGGUGCAGGGGCGUGGUUGACGUCGGUGCCGUACGCUGACCCACUGCGCAUCCCGGAGGCGCUGUGGCAGGCGGCUUCAUCUUCUCGUCUCGGUCUCCCUAUCCCCCAGUUAGCCCUUGCAGGUCAGUGCUCCUGCGGACAGGCGAUUGACGACAUGACGGUGCCUCAUCACGCGGUUCGGUGCCCGCGCUACGGGGUCGCCACUACCAUCCACGACACGGUGAAGUACAUGCUUCGAGACUUUGCGGUCGAGGCGGGCUUCGCGGUAAAGGUGGAGGACUCUACGCUGUUCACACAGUUGGAGGCGGCUCGAGCGAGACUACUGGGACAGCCAGUGGUGGGAGAGGGGACGCGGGCUGAGGGACCGGGGGAGCAGAGAGGCGAGGCGGGACAGCCGGGUGGCGGGGGACAGUGGGGACAGCACCAGCUGCGGGGUCAGGUGGAGCGAGGGAUAGGUGGGCGGAGGGGACGGCAGGGGGAGCAGACGGGCCAGGACGGGGAGGGGAGACGGCACAGGCAGCAGCAGGAGAGCCAGGGGAGGCCGCGGGCCCAGGGCGCCGCGCCUCCAGGUUCGGCCUCGGAGGAGGGGCAGGGGCGGGAGCAGCAGAGAGCGGACGGAGGUACAGGAGGGGCAGCGGGAUUGGGAGGGGAGGGCCAGGGAGUGAGAGAGGCAGCAGGGGAUGGAGCAGGGGGGUCGGGAGGGUUGGGGGAGGGUAGAGAGGGGGAGGGGAGAGGACAGGUGGAUGGAGGAGAGGAGAGGGGGAGAGAGACGAUCGGAGAGGAGGCACCAAGGGACCAGACAGGGCAGCAGCCAGCGCAACAGCAGGGACCAGUCGGACGCACAGGCCGUGUAGGCACCGCCUCCCGCAUCCCAGACCUCACCUGCCGCGACGUUGGCCAGGGUCUGAUGGUUCUUGUGGAUGUCUCCAUAGCGGAUCCACAGCGGGAGGGGAACGUGCAGCUGAGACGGGCGACCCCCACACAGAUUGGAGUGGCAGCAGCUAGGCGGGUGCAGGAGAAGCUGCGGCACUGGGGGCCGCACUUAGAGGGGCUGCAGCCGGCACCACACUUUUACGCGUGCGUGGCGGAGACCUUUGGCCUUCUGAGUGAGCCGCUACGUCAGUUUCUGGGGCUCUGCGCAAAGAGGAUAGCACAGCGGAGGAGGGAUAGAGGUGGGGGGGAUGACGGAUCGGCACGGAUAUUUGAGGCAGGACUCACUACACGCCUCUCCGUUGCACUGCAGCGCGCGCAGGCUCAAUGCAUGAUCCAGCAUGCGGUGCGGCAGUUAGGGGGAUCCGACGACGGGUGGAUGCCCGCACCAGUCCCACUGGGUGCGGGGCAGGGUACUUGGCACCACGUCACAGGUCACACCCCCUGCCCCCUCAUGCCAUCCGCUCCCCCCGCCCCUACCCUCCGCGUGCCCGCUCCCUUGCCGCCUCUUUUGACCCUCCCUGCCCCCCCUCGCCGUUUCCCACCGCCCGCCAUUCGCUCCUCCCCGCCCGUGCGCUCCCCUCCUUUACCUUCUCCUCCCCCCUCCCCUCCUCUGCUGCACGCCUCUUCCUUCCCCUCGCCGACCCACUCCACUCCCUGCCCCUCCUCAAUCCGCACCCUGCCCCUCGUAUCUCGCCCCCCUAUGCUUGGUUUCUCCCCUCCCUGCCCCUCGCCGCCUUUCCCCGCUCCCCACCUCCCCCCUCUCCCUGCCCCCCCCACUCUCCCCCCCCCUUGUCCUUGGCUUCCUACCUCCCUGCCUCACCUUUCCCCCCUCCGUGUGCUCAGCUUCUCCCCUCCCUGCCCCUCCCUCCUCCCCGCCCUGCCCCUCAUUUUCCGCCCCCCCCCCCCCCCACGCCCGGUUUCUCCCCUCCCCGCGCCUCCCUUUCUUUCUCCGUGCCUCUCCUUUGCUCCCUCCCUGCCCCCGCCUGCCCAUGCCCCUGUCUUUGGCUUCUCCUCUCCCUGCCCCACGUUUCUUCCCUCCCUGCCCCCCGUCUGCCCCUCCCUUGUUUUCCCCUCACCCAUUGCUUCUCUCCUCCCUGCCCUUGAUUUCCCACACCCCUGCCCUCGUUUCCUAUCAUCCAUGCCCCUCGUUUCCCCCCUUUGUACGUUCAGCCUCUUCCCUCCCUGCCCCUCCCUUCCUCCCCCCCUGCCCUUUGCUCUCCCCUCGUUACGCUCCCUUCUCCCCAUCCCUGCUGCCCUCUUACCACCAUCAGCCCAUCCCCACGACCAGCCCCCCUCCCACCCUUCAAUCCCCCCCUCCCUCUCUCUCUCUCUCUCUCUCUCUUUCUCACACACACACACACACGCACACUCCCCUCCCCCACCCCCCCCCACCUACAUCCUCCCAUUCUGCCCCUCCCUGCCCCUUUCCCACCCCCUCGCACGCCCCUCACCUCCCACCUCCGUGCAACUGGUUUCCCCCCUAUGGUGCCACCCUUGCAUCGCUCGCCCCUCUGCUCACCCUCUGCCCGCCCCUUUUCCGUGCCCUCAGUUGGCCCAGCCCCUGCCCGUUGCUGCCCCUCCCCUUGCCCCCUCAACUCCCCUGCCCCCCGUACACCCCAAGUCCCAUCCAACCGCCCCCACCCUCCCCCGGCUGCCCGUUUCCGCUCUGCACCCCCGCGACCGUGUGCGGCUUCCAACCGCCCAACGGUGGUGCGCACGGGGCCAUUACCGCCCCUCUCCCCUUAUCCCCCACCACGCCCUCAAGCAGGCCUUUCUCCCCCCAGCCCCCCGUCUCCGUGCCCUUAGUACCGCCGCGCUCCGCCCGUGCGUCACCCUCGCCCACUUCAUACCACCUCCCCCUUCUCCCCCCCCCCCCCGGCUUCUCCCUAUCAUCACCCGCAUGUUCCCCCACUCCACUGUCCACAACGUCCCUCCUCCACCCCCCCUCCUGCCUUCCCCACUCCCACUCUGCCCCCCACACCUCUACGAGCCGUCCCUCCCCCUCCAGCCUCCCUUUUCCCCCCCAGCUACUUCCGCAUCCAGCCCACCUACCCCAGCCUCCCUCUACCUCUCCCUAACUCCACACUGCCGUUCCUACCCCCAGCCAGGGUCUACACCCCUUGCUUUUGCUCCCUGCGCUGUGCCGUCCCCAACCUCCGUCCGCCUUUCCGCGGCACCAGACCGCCUCUCCCUCCCCCAGCCAACCUCUGCACCCCCUGUUCCUGCCCCUGGUGCCUUCCAACACCCUACCCCAACCCCCCCCAGUCUCCCCCUUCUCCAACACCCUCCAUAUUUCCUCCCCCCUGGGGCUCGCCCAUCCGCAGUCAUCACCCUUCAUCAAUUCCCCAAUUCCCUCUGUCCCCUGUUUCCCGGCCCCGCAUCCUAUUCUGCAUUUACCACAGCGCCUCCUUUCGGUGCCCUCUCGGCUCUCCCACGUGACAGCGGGGACGGCACCCAUGCAUGCCAAGUGGAGAGAUCCCCCAACUCACUCGCUACUUCCCAUUCGCAAACCAGAUUACUUGUGAAAACACUUAAUCCUACUAGCACCCCCAAGCACAUAGAAGCGGGAGGGGGCAGAGCCAGGGGGGAACUUGCAGCUAACACUGCACGGGAAGGGGUAAGUGAAUGUGUGUGCGAAGGAGCAGCAGAGGCUGCAGAGGGUGGGGCAGCAAAGGCUGCACGGGAAGGGGCAAUGGGGGUUGUGGGGGAAGGGGCAGCAGAGGUUGCAGAGGAAAGGGCAGCAGAGGCUGCAAGGGAAGGGGCAGCAGCGGCUGCACGGGAAAGGGCGGCAGAGGCUGCACGGGAAGGGGCGGCAGGGAGCGUGACUCUAGCCAGGCAAAGGGCAGAGGCCAUGGAGACAGGGGGAGGUGCUACGGGUGCAGCGGGGAAGGGGGUAACGGGGACUGGUGCGAGGGAGAGUGCUGCCUCGGUUGUAGCAAGAGAGGGUACGGCAGGGGCUAGAGUGGGAGAAGGGACAGCAGUGGCCUCAAAGGCAGAAGGUGAGGCUGCAGCUGAAGCAGCAGGGAGGGCCAUAGCACGGCCAGUAGGGGCGGCAGGGCCCGCAGCAAACGCGGGGAAACACACAGCAGGGCCGGCAGAGACUGCAAAAGGGGCUAGCAGUAAAGCGGCAGCAGGCGGGGUGGGCUCGGGGGACAUAGGGGCAACAGGGGAAGGAGAGGUGAGUGUGGUCCCGACCGGGGUGGGCACGGAAGAGGGGGAUGUGAUAGUGAUAGAGGAGGAUGAGGGAGAGGAUGUGAUGCACAUUGACGGGCCACUGGCCCAAUACCUCACGCCUGACGGUGAGGCCGACCCGGCCCCCCUGCAGCCUCACGUCGAGGUUCCCCCUCUACCCCCCAUGCCCGUCCACAUGCUAGCAGAAGGACCGAUGGAGGGGCUGGGGGAGACCUUGAGGACAGAGCCGCACGAGGGAGCCCCCAUCCUCACCUCCCAUCCUCCAGCCCACCCACCCCCAGGAGCACCAUUUCCCCACCCCCACCCUCAGGUCCCGGUAGUAUCCAGGGGGGCAGCCAAGGCCCUGGCCUUCUUGGCGGAGCCGUGCUCCCCGACCCCCACGUUGCUCCAUGGCCAGCCCCCCUCUCCGUCCCCAACCCCUGACCCCACGGUUGCAGGCGGUCCACCGGGAGAGCACGCGGGUGCGACAAGAGCAGAGUCACCCGAGGGCACCCCUUCUCUCACCUCUCACCCCUCCCCGCCCCUUCCCUCACUCCUCCCCUCACCCCCAAGGGCAGCACACCUCUGCCCCCACCCUCAGGGGCUCCUUAGAGCACCACGUGGAGCAGCCAGGGCUCUGGCCUUCCUAGAGGAGCCAUGCUCCCCGACCCCUACCAACACCCAGCCACCCCCUACCGGCCCACUACCCCCCCCUCCACCAGGCCCCCCCCCACCCGGUAGUACACACAUCUCGGAGGUUGAAGCAUCUCUGCGGCCAAAUCCCUCUCCCACACGCUACAGGCACCCAAACCACCCGAGUCGCCGCACAGCCCCAACACGCCCACCCAACAGGCUGCCCCCCUCACACCACCCCCCCCAGGCAGCCGAGACCCACCCGCAAGGGCUUGCGCCCCAGGCUCAUGGGAGCGGCGGCACCCGGGUAGAGGGGCCCACAGGAGAGGCCACCACAGAGCCCACACAAACCCCUCUCCCCCCACCGUUUGUACCUCGCUCUAACCUCCACACUGGCCCAGCCCCUCGACCCCCACCUUCAACCCCCCCUCCCGGCCGGGUUCCCCACGAGUGGCCCCGUUGGGCAGCCAUCACCCCCCACACACAGCCUGCCCGAUCUGUCCCCACGGAGGGGGAUGUCUCGAGGAGAGAGGGGAUGCACACAGAGCACCCCCCGCCCGGCGAACCACCCAUCCUCCCUCCAACCACCCCUUUGGCCCCACAGCCCCCCCUUCCUUCACAAACAGGCGCAGACAACCAGGUUGGCCGCCGGCGGAAGAACAGGGGCAGAGGAGGCAGAGGGUCAGCCCACGUACUCCCCCCUCCCUCCCUCCCCCACCAAGAGCCCCUCCCCACCCCGCAUCCCGUUGAACCCUUACCAGGCCCUACCGCUACAGCCCGACCACCAAACCCACACUCCCGCCCCGCUCCUGCACCUCCACAGGGCCAUGGGAGCGGACCAGCCCACUCUCCCCCAUUCUGCCCCUCCCUUGCUGUGUCCCCCUCCCAGGUGGCGGCGGCCGCGAUCGCUACGGGGAUGGAGGCCGUCGGGUUGAGGGAUGCGCCCAUGGAAGACGCCACCGACUCCCCCUCCCAUCCCUCCCACCCCUUCCAUGUCGACGACCCCCUACCGCAACCCAUGGUGAUUGGGGAGGGCCAAGGGGGCCUUCUAGGGCAGGGUCCACACCCGAGCUCCGCUCAGCCAGCAAGCCCCACUCCACCCUCUACCCUGCCAGCCCUCCUACUCUCACCUACAGGCAGGCAGGUCUUCGAGACCCCAGAGGAGGUGAGGGCUGGCAUUUCAGAUUUGCUGGCGAUACACCGCCCGAGCAGCUCUCCGGCUGCCCCCACCCUUCCAGUCCCACAGGACCGGACCCGGACGUAUGCGGAAGUCACCCGGUCUGUCCCUUCUUUUAUCCCCCCCGCCACUCAGCCAGGCGCGUCACUCCCGACCCCAAUGGAGACGGACCGGGUUCUGAGGCCGUGUCACGCGCACCUAGAGGGGGUGGCGCCUCCCCCCGUUCAGCCCGUGGCGCAGGAGGUCACCAGCAGUAGGGAUGAGGCAUCCGCCCCUACCGAGACCCCUCCGCCUGGGGUAGCAGAGCCGUCACUUGAACCGCACCCCGCCGAGGGGCAGGAGCACACCACGGUACACACUUCAGGCUCACCUCCACGUCCCCCCUCCCCAGCUUCGACACCGGUACCGGCACGAGGCCCGGCCCUAUCCUGUGCGACACCACCUCUAUCUUCGCUGACACCCCCCCCGCACGGGGCUGGUGAGUCGUCUCCUCCCCUCAUCCCAGGCGAUCCUCUCGGAGCUCAGGCCGCCCACGGGGUCCCCUCUACAGCCAGUUCCGAUGCCACGGCCCCGAUUGACCCCGCCGACACGGCGACAUCACCCGACCAGGUCGUGAGUUGCCCCACCUGCAGGAGCUCUCUCGCGAACCGACGCGCGCUCCAGCACCACUUUCCCUUCUGCCAUCCUGCGGACGCGGCUCGCAGGGCGCAGGCUGCCCAUGACACCGCCUCGAUCAUCCCUUCCCUCUCACAGCCCCGUGCGACCGGGAUACAGUUCACCGACGCACAGUGGCAGACGCUCGACUCGGUGGACUGGACAGAGUACUUCUCGCCCGAGCGUAUCCAUGCACGCCCUCUCCGACGUGUCCCGGAGAGGGUCCGCGGAGGAUAUCUCGACGUCCUCAGUGCGAUCCUAGUCCGCAUUGCCCAGGACCCGGAGGCUGCUGGCCCUACCUUCCUCCUCGCUGCAGCGCCGACUCUUUUCCUUGUUCCAGCGACGCCACCCGACCGCUCACACACGGCUGCCAUUGCAACGCGCAUCUCCCGCUUUGGUCGAGGUGAGUGGGCUGAGCUAGUCUCAAAUGCACUAGGCCGUCGCACACCCCUUCCUCAGCGCACAGGUCACCGGUCACGCACCGCCACCGAUCCCUCUACAGCAGAUGAGCGCCGCAUUGCACGUUGCCUUCGUCUGGCAGCGUGCAAUGAGACCUCACGGGCGUGCGCGGCUCUCGAGUCCGCGGAGGCAGCCCCAGAUACACAGGGGACGAUACAGCGCCUGCAGUCGAAGCACCCCAACGCGGAGAGGCCGACCCCAGCUUGGCAGUCUGGCUUCCAAGGGUCCCCUCUCGUGCUCUCGGUGGAUCACUUACGCCGCGCGAUCUUCACAGCUCCGCGGGGCUCUUCGGGAGGACCGUCCGGUUGGGUCGCUGAGCACCUGCGAGACACUUUCCUAGCUUUCCCUCAGAGUCUCCAUUUCCUCCUUGCCGUGUACCAGCAGUGGCUUCGAGGCCGUUGCGCUCCAGCUGCGCGCUCCUUGCUAGCGUCUUCCACCCUCGUGGCUCUGGCGAAGUCGAACAUGGAUGUUCGGCCGAUUGCCAUCGGCGAGGUUUUGGUCCGCAUUCUUUCUCGUGCAGUCUGUCUCCAGCUACGUGACCAGAUGGCGAGGGUCUUCUUGGCGUCACAGCAGUUUGGGGUGGGGGUUACGUGCGGGACAGAGGUCGUAGUUAGAGGCGUCCGCCGCGCUCUGGCUGACCACCCAGACUGGGUGGUCCUGCAGCUAGACGUGGCGAAUGCCUUUAACUCCUUCCACCGAGACAGGAUGUUCCAGGCGCUACAGGCCAGCCUGGAGUUUCAGUGCCUGAUCCCCUUCAUCGGCCUCUUCUACGGGACGCCCUCGGAUCUCCACUACAGGUCAGGCACGGGAGUGGUCACGAUGCACUCGGAGCGGGGCACUCGCCAGGGAGACCCUCUCAGCCCCUUCUUGUACGCUCUGACACAGCGUCUUGCUUUGGAGCCGGUUCUGGUGGAGGGGGAUGUCCAGCUCUGGUCGUACGCCGAUGACACGUACGUGCUAGGUCCCCCAGACAGGGUGCUGCACCACUUUACCGAGAUCGUGAGGCGCUUGGGCGAGAUGGACCUUGCAGCCCAGCCGCACAAGUGCCUCGUCUACCAGACAGAGUCCUUUCUGUCCAGGGAUCUGGAGGCCUUCACGGGCCUAGGGAUCGAGGUCGCACGCCGAGGGCUCACCGUGACAGGCGUACCGGUAGGCACCGUUUCGUUCGUGGAGCAGAGUCUCCCGGAUCGUCUCGAGAGGAUGGGGCGGGUGCUACCUUGGCUUCCGAGGUUGCGCCAGCCCCAGACAGCUGCCCGCCUUCUGUCGGCGUGUGUCAGCACUCGUCCGCAGUACCUGUCGAGGACCAGCUUCGCUUCAGGUGAGCCAGAGCAGAUCGACCGGGCUCUGCAGACGGCGCUAGAGGGUCUCCCACCUGACGUUCUCUCUCUCCUUCCCCCCUGGCCCUCCUGCGCUUCUGCCUCCCCCGAUUCCCUUUUUGCAGGAGCGAGCCGUCUUCUGGAGGCGCAGGCCUUGGAGGCCGUGCGUGCCCGUCACGCCUCUCCCUUGCACCUUGCCCGUUUGACUUCCCUUCAGGGCGCAGGUGCAGGGGCGUGGUUGACGUCGGUGCCGUACGCUGACCCACUGCGCAUCCCGGAGGCGCUGUGGCAGGCGGCUUCAUCUUCUCGUCUUGGCCUCCCGAUCCCCCAGUUAGCCCUUGCAGGUCAGUGCUCCUGCGGACAGGCGAUUGACGACAUGAUGGUGCCUCAUCACGCGGGGCGGGAGCAGCAGAGAGCGGACGGAGGUACAGGAGGGGCAGCGGGAUUGGGAGGGGAGGGCCAGGGAGUGAGAGAGGCAGCAGGGGAUGGAGCAGGGGGGUCGGGAGGGUUGGGGGAGGGUAGAGAGGGGGAGGGGAGAGGACAGGUGGAUGGAGGAGAGGAGAGGGGGAGAGAGACGAUCGGAGAGGAGGCACCAAGGGACCAGACAGGGCAGCAGCCAGCGCAACAGCAGGGACCAGUCGGACACACAGGCCGUGUAGGCACCGCCUCCCGCAUCCCAGACCUCACCUGCCGCGACGUUAGCCAGGGUCUGAUGGUUCUUGUGGAUGUCUCCAUAGCGGAUCCACAGCGGGAGGGGAACGUGCAGCUGAGACGGGCGACCCCCACACAAAUUGGAGUGGCAGCAGCUAGGCGGGUGCAGGAGAAGCUGCGGCACUGGGGGCCGCAUUUAGAGGGGCUGCAGCCGGCACCACACUUUUACGCGUGCGUGGCGGAGACCUUUGGCCUUCUCAGUGAGCCGCUGCGUCAGUUUCUGGGGCUCUGCGCAAAGAGGAUAGCACAGCGGAGGAGGGAUAGAGGUGGGGGGGAUGACGGAUCGGCACGGAUAUUUGAGGCAGGACUCACUACACGCCUCUCCGUUGCACUGCAGCGCGCGCAGGCUCAAUGCAUGAUCCAGCAUGCGGUGCGGCAGUUAGGGAGAUCCGACGACGGGUGGAUGCCCGCACCAGUCCCACUGGGUGCGGGGCAGGGUACUUGGCACCACGUCACAGGGUGCUUCGAGAGUUCACACCCCCUGCCCCCUCAUGCCAUCCGCUCCCCCCGCCCCUACCCUCCGCGUGCCCGCUCCCUUGCCGCCUCUUUUGACCCUCCCUGCCCCCCCUCGCCGUUUCCCACCGCCCGCCAUUCGCUCCUCCCCGCCCGUGCGCUCCCCUCCUUUACCUUCUCCUCCCCCCUCCCCUCCUCUGCUGCACGCCUCUUCCUUCCCCUCGCCGACCCACUCCACUCCCUGCCCCUCCUCAAUCCGCACCCUGCCCCUCGUAUCUCGCCCCCCUAUGCUUGGUUUCUCCCCUCCCUGCCCCUCGCCGCCUUUCCCCGCUCCCCACCUCCCCCCUCUCCCUGCCCCCCCCCACUCUCCCCCCCCUUGUCCUUGGCUUCCUACCUCCCUGCCUCACCUUUCCCCCCUCCGUGUGCUCAGCUUCUCCCCUCCCUGCCCCUCCCUCCUCCCUGCCCUGCCCCUCAUUUUCCGGCCCCCCCACGCCCGGUUUCUCCCCUCCCCGCGCCUCCCUUUCUUUCUCCGUGCCUCUCCUUUGCUCCCUCCCUGCCCCCGCCUGCCCAUGCCCCUGUCUUUGGCUUCUCCCCUCCCUGCCCCACGUUUCUUCCCUCCCUGCCCCCCGUCUGCCCCUCCCUUGUUUUCCCCUCACCCAUUGCUUCUCUCCUCCCUGCCCUUGAUUUCCCACACCCCUGCCCUCGUUUCCUAUCAUCCAUGCCCCUCGUUUCCCCCCUUUGUACGUUCAGCCUCUUCCCUCCCUGCCCCUCCCUUCCUCCCCCCCUGCCCUUUGCUCUCCCCUCGUUACGCUCCCUUCUCCCCAUCCCUGCUGCCCUCUUACCACCAUCAGCCCAUCCCCACGACCAGCCCCCCUCCCACCCUUCAAUCCCCCCCUCCCUCUCUCUCUCUCUCUCUCUCUCUCUCUUUCUCACACACACACACACACGCACACUCCCCUCCCCCACCCCCCCCACCUACAUCCUCCCAUUCUGCCCCUCCCUGCCCCUUUCCCACCCCCUCGCACGCCCCUCACCUCCCACCUCCGUGCAACUGUCACACCCCCUGCCCCCUCAUGCCAUCCGCUCCCCCCGCCCCUACCCUCCGCGUGCCUGCUCCCUUGCCGCCUCUUUUGACCCUCCCUGCCCCCCCUCGCCGUUUCCCACCGCCCGCCAUUCGCUCCUCCCCGCCCGUGCGCUCCCCUCCUUUACCUUCUCCUCCCCCCUCCCCUCCUCUGCUGCACGCCUCUUCCUUCCCCUCGCCGACCCACUCCACUCCCUGCCCCUCCUCAAUCCGCACCCUGCCCCUCGUAUCUCGCCCCCCUAUGCUUGGUUUCUCCCCUCCCUGCCCCUCGCCGCCUUUCCCCGCUCCCCACCUCCCCCCUCUCCCUGCCCCCCCACUCUCCCCCCCCCUUGUCCUUGGCUUUCUACCUCCCUGCCUCACCUUUCCCCCCUCCGUGUGCUCAGCUUCUCCCCUCCCUGCCCCUCCCUCCUCCCCGCCCUGCCCCUCAUUUUCCGCCCCCCCCCACGCCCGGUUUCUCCCCUCCCCGCGCCUCCCUUUCUUUCUCCGUGCCUCUCCUUUGCUCCCUCCCUGCCCCCGCCUGCCCAUGCCCCUGUCUUUGGCUUCUCCCCUCCCUGCCCCACGUUUCUUCCCUCCCUGCCCCCCGUCUGCCCCUCCCUUGUUUUCCCCUCACCCAUUGCUUCUCUCCUCCCUGCCCUUGAUUUCCCACACCCCUGCCCUCGUUUCCUAUCAUCCAUGCCCCUCGUUUCCCCCCUUUGUACGUUCAGCCUCUUCCCUCCCUGCCCCUCCCUUCCUCCCCCCCUGCCCUUUGCUCUCCCCUCGUUACGCUCCCUUCUCCCCAUCCCUGCUGCCCUCUUACCACCAUCAGCCCAUCCCCACGACCAGCCCCCCUCCCACCCUUCAAUCCCCCCCUCCCUCUCUCUCUCUCUCUCUCUCUCUCUCUCUCUCUUUCUCACACACACACACACGCACACUCCCCCCCCCCACCCCCCCACGUACAUCCUCCCAUUCUGCCCCUCCCUGCCCCUUUCCCACCCCCUCGCACGCCCCUCACCUCCCACCUCCGUGCAACUGCCCCCCGUCUCCCUGCCCUUAGUACCGCCGCGCUCUGCCCGUGCGUCACCCUCGCCCACUUCAUACCACCUCCCCCUUCUCCCUCCCCCGGCUUCCCCCUAUCAUCACCCGCAUGUUCCCCCACUCCCCUGUCCACAACGUCCCUCCUCCACCCCCCCUCCUGCCUUCCCCACUCCCACUCUGUCCCCCACACCUCUACGAGCCGUACCUCCCCCUCCAGCCUCCCUUUUCCCCCCCAGCUAUUUCCGCAUCCAGCCCACCUACCCCAGCCUCCCUCUACCUCUCCCUAACUCCACGCCGCCGUUCCUACCCCCAGCCAGGGUCUACACCCCUUGCUUUUGCUCCCUGUGCUGUGCCGUCCCCAACCUCCGUCCGCCUUUCCGCGGCACCAGACCGCCUCUCCCUCCCCCAGCCAACCUCUGCACCCCCUGUUCCUGCCCCUUGUGCCUUCCAACACCCUACCCCAACCCCCCCCAGUCUCCCCCUUCUCCAACACCCUCCAUAUUUCCUCCCCCCUGGGGCUCGCCCAUCCGCAGCGCCUCCUUUCGGUGCCCUCUCGGCCCUCCCACGUUCUCACCCCCCGCCUUCCAACCUUCUCAUUACCCGCUACCAGGCUCACGCCAACUCGACUACCCACUACCCUUUGCCCCUUCCUCUCUGUUCCCCACCCUUCCUUCCCCACUUGGCUCCACCUGCCCACCCCCACCUCCCGUGGAAUUCUGCCCUGCCCUCCCCACCUCUGGCCCACCACCUGUCCCCACACCCUGCUUACCCACCACUACAUCACCCCCGCCCCCCCACCUCCACUACAGCCCGCCAACACUUCCCCUCUCAACCGGCCCCCAGCCCGCCCCCCCCUUGGGCCCCAAUCCCCUCCAACUGUCAGGCCCCCUCUACCCUCUCUUUCACCCACUACGCACCGCUUUCCCCACCCUUUUUCCAUUUCCCCAAGCUAACCCCCCGCACCCCGGCCUCUGCCAGGGAGUUCCUUCCCCCUUUGACGCCCUCUUGAGCCAACUCCAGCAACUCACGCCGCCACCGCCAGGCAUGCUGCCUCUAGCCAGGGGGGAACUUGCAGCUAACACUGCACGGGAAGGGGUAAGUGAAUGUGUGUGCGAAGGAGCAGCAAAGGCUGCAGAGGAUGGGGCAGCAAAGGCUGCACGGGAAGGGGCAAUGGGGGUUGUGGGGGAAGGGGCAGCAGAGGUUGCAGAGGAAAGGGCAGCAGAGGCUGCAAGGGAAGGGGCAGCAGCGGCUGCACGGGAAAGGGCGGCAGAGGCUGCACGGGAAGGGGCGGCAGGGACCGUGACUCUGGCCAGGCAAAGGGCAGAGGCCAUGGAGACAGGGGGAGGUGCUACGGGUGCAGCGGGGAAGGGGGUAACGGGGACUGGUGCGAGGGAGAGUGCUGCCUCGGUUGUAGCAAGAGAGGGUACGGCAGGGGCUAGAGUGGGAGAAGGGACAGCAGUGGCCUCAAAGGCAGAAGGUGAGGCUGCAGCUGAAGCAGCAGGGAGGGCCAUAGCACGGCCAGUAGGGGCGGCAGGGGCCGCAGCAAACGCGGGGAAACACACAGCAGGGCCGGCAGAGACCGCAAAAGGGGCUAGCAGUAAAGCGGCAGCAGGCGGGGUGGGCUCGGGGGACAUAGGGGCAACAGGGGAAGGAGAGGUGAGUGUGGUCCCGACCGGGGUGGGCACGGAAGAGGGGGAUGUGAUAGCGAUAGAGGAGGAUGAGGGAGAGGAUGUGAUGCACAUUGACGGGCCACUGGCCCAAUACCUCACGCCUGACGGUGAGGCCGACCCGGCCCCCCUGCAGCCUCACGUCGAGGUUCCCCCUCUACCCCCCAUGCCCGUCCACAUGCUAGCAGAAGGACCGAUGGAGGGGCUGGGGGAGACCUUGAGGACAGAGCCGCACGAGGGAGCCCCCAUCCUCACCUCCCGUCCACCAUCCCACCCACCCCCAGGAGCACCAUUUCCCCACCCCCACCCUCAGGUCCCGGUAGUAUCCAGGGGGGCAGCCAAGGCCCUGGCCUUCUUGGCGGAGCCGUGCUCCCCGACCCCCACGUUGCUCCAUGGCCAGCCCCCCUCUCCGUCCCCAACCCCUGACCCCACGGUUGCAGGCGGUCCACCGGGAGAGCACGCGGCACACCUCUGCCCCCACCCUCAGGGGCUCCUUAGAGCACCACGUGGAGCAGCCAGGGCUCUGGCCUUCCUAGAGGAGCCAUGCUCCCCGACCCCUACCAACACCCAGCCACCCCCUACCGGCCCACUACCCCCCCCCUCCACCAGGCCCCCCCCCACCCGCCCCUCGACCCCCACCUUCAACCCCCCCUCCCGGCCGGGUUCCCCACGAGUGGCCCCGUUGGGCAGCCAUCACCCCCCACACACAGCCUGCCCGAUCUGUUCCCACGGAGGGGGAUGUCUCGAGGAGAGAGGGGAUGCACACAGAGCACCCCCCGCCCGGCGAACCACCCAUCCUCCCUCCAACCACCCCUUUGGCCCCACAGCCCCCCCUUCCUUCACAAACAGGCGCAGACAACCAGGUUGGCCGCCGGCGGAAGAACAGGGGCAGAGGAGGCAGAGGGUGGCGGCGGCCGCGAUCGUUACUGGGAUGGAGGCCGUCGGGUUGAGGGAUGCGCCCAUGGAAGACUGCCACCGACUCCCCCUCCCAUCCCUCCCACCCCUUCCAUGUCGACGACCCCCUACCGCAACCCAUGGCAGGCAGGUCUUCGAGACCCCAGAGGAGGUGAGGGCUGGCAUUUCAGAUUUGCUGGCGAUACACCGCCCGAGCAGCUCUCCGGCUGCCCCCACCCUUCCAGUCCCACAGGACCGGACCCGGACGUAUGCGGAAGUCACCCGGUCUGUCCCUUCUUUUAUCCCCCCCGCCACUCAGCCAGGCGCGUCACUCCCGACCCCAAUGGAGACGGACCGGGUUCUGAGGCCGUGUCACGCGCACCUAGAGGGGGUGGCGCCUCCCCCCGUUCAGCCCGUGGCGCAGGAGGUCACCAGCAGUAGGGAUGAGGCAUCCGCCCCUACCGAGACCCCUCCGCCUGGGGUAGCAGAGCCGUCACUUGAACCGCACCCCGCCGAGGGGCAGGAGCACACCACGGUACACACUUCAGGCUCACCUCCACGUCCCCCCUCCCCAGCUUCGACACCGGUACCGGCACGAGGCCCGGCCCUAUCCUGUGCGACACCACCUCUAUCUUCGCUGACACCCCCCCCGCACGGGGCUGGUGAGUCGUCUCCUCCCCUCGUCCCAGGCGAUCCUCUCGGAGCUCAGGCCGCCCACGGGGUCCCCUCUACAGCCAGUUCCGACGCCACGGCCCCGAUCGACCCCGCCGACACGGCGACAUCACCCGACCAGGUCGUGAGUUGCCCCACCUGCAGGAGCUCUCUCGCGAACCGACGCGCGCUCCAGCACCACAUUCCCUUCUGCCAUCCUGCAGACGCGGCUCGCAGGGCGCAGGCUGCCCAUGAUACCGCCUCGAUCAUCCCUUCCCUCUCACAGCCCCGUGCAACCGGGAUACAGUUCACCGACGCACAGUGGCAGACGCUCGACUCGGUGGACUGGACAGAGUACUUCUCGCCCGAGCGUAUCCAUGCACGCCCUCUCCGACGUGUCCCGGAGAGGGUCCGCGGAGGAUAUCUCGACGUCCUCAGUGCGAUCCUAGUCCGCAUUGCCCAGGACCCGGAGGCUGCUGGCCCUACCUUCCUCCUCGCUGCAGCGCCGACUCUUUUCCUUGUUCCAGCGACGCCACCCGACCGCUCGCACACGGCUGCCAUUGCAACGCGCAUCUCCCGCUUUGGUCGAGGUGAGUGGGCUGAGCUAGUCUCAGAUGCACUAGGCCGUCGCACACCCCUUCCUCAGCGCACAGGUCACCGGUCACGCACCGCCACCGAUCCCUCUACAGCAGAUGAGCGCCGCAUUGCACGUUGCCUUCGUCUGGCAGCGUGCAAUGAGACCUCACGGGCGUGCGCGGCUCUCGAGUCCGCGGAGGCAGCCCCAGAUACACAGGGGACGAUACAGCGCCUGCAGUCGAAGCACCCCAACGCGGAGAGGCCGACCCCAGCUUGGCAGUCUGGCUUCCAAGGGAUCCCCUCUCGUGCUCUCGGUGGAUCACUUACGCCGCGCGAUCUUCACAGCUCCGCGGGGCUCUUCGGGAGGACCCAGUGGCUUCGAGGCCGUUGCGCUCCAGCUGCGCGCUCCUUGCUAGCGUCUUCCACCCUCGUGGCUCUGGCGAAGUCGAACAUGGAUGUUCGGCCGAUUGCCAUCGGCGAGGUUUUGGUCCGCAUUCUUUCUCGUGCAGUCUGUCUCCAGCUACGUGACCAGAUGGCGAGGGUCUUCUUGGCGUCACAGCAGUUUGGGGUGGGGGUUACGUGCGGGACAGAGGUCGUAGUUAGAGGCGUCCGCCGCGCUCUGGCUGACCACCCAGACUGGGUGGUCCUGCAGCUAGACGUGGCGAAUGCCUUUAACUCCUUCCACCGAGAUAGGAUGUUCCAGGCGCUGCAGGCCAGCCCGGAGUUUCAGUGCCUGAUCCCCUUCAUCGGCCUCUUCUACGGGACGCCCUCGGAUCUCCACUACAGGUCAGGCACGGGAGUGGUCACGAUGCACUCGGAGCGGGGCACUCGCCAGGGAGACCCUCUCAGCCCCUUCUUGUACGCUCUGACACAGCGUCUUGCUUUGGAGCCGGUUCUGGUGGAGGGGGAUGUCCAGCUCUGGUCGUACGCCGAUGACACGUACGUGCUAGGUCCCCCAGACAGGGUGCUGCACCACUUUGCCGAGAUCGUGAGGCGCUUGGGCGAGAUGGGCCUUGCAGCCCAGCCGCACAAGUGCCUCGUCUACCAGACAGAGUCCUUUCUGUCCAGGGAUCUGGAGGCCUUCACGGGCCUAGGGAUCGAGGUCGCACGCCGAGGGCUCACCAGUGACAGGCGUACCGAGACAUUUCAGCAGCUUUUAGCUUCAGGGACCUGGGCUUGUCGCGAGGACGUCCGAGAGGCCGCCCUAGACCAGAUCUUCCUCCCCAUCCGUCUCGGGGGUUUCGGCAUUCGUCGCAUGGCACGCAUUGCCCCGAGCUUCGCUUCAGGAGCGAGCCGUCUUCUGGAGGCGCAGGCCUUGGAGGCCGUGCGUGCCCGUCACGCCUCUCCCUUGCACCUUGCCCGUUUGACUUCCCUUCAGGGCGCAGGUGCAGGGGCGUGGUUGACGUCGGUGCCGUACGCUGACCCACUGCGCAUCCCGGAGGCGCUGUGGCAGGCGGCUUCAUCUUCUCGUCUUGGUCUCCCUAUCCCCCAGUUAGCCCUUGCAGGUCAGUGCUCCUGCGGACAGGCGAUUGACGACAUGACGGUGCCUCAUCACGCGCCGGGUGGCGGGGGACAGUGGGGACAGCACCAGCUGCGGGGUCAGGUGGAGCGAGGGAUAGGUGGGCAGAGGGGACGGCAGGGGGAGCAGACGGGCCAGGACGGGGAGGGGAGACGACACAGGCAGCAGCAGGAGAGCCAGUGGAGGCCGCGGGCCCAGGGCGCCGCGCCUCCAGGUUCGGCCUCGGAGGUGGGGCAGGGGCGGGAGCAGCAGAGAGCGGACGGAGGUACAGGAGGGGCAGCGGGAUUGGGAGGGGAGGGCCAGGGAGUGAGAGAGGCAGCAGGGGAUGGAGCAGGGGGGUCGGGAGGGUUGGGGGAGGGUAGAGAGGGGGAGGGGAGAGGACAGGUGGAUGGAGGAGAGGAGAGGGGGAGAGAGACGAUCGGAGAGGAGGCACCAAGGGACCAGACAGGGCAGCAGCCAGCGCAACAGCAGGGACCAGUCGGACACACAGGUCGUGUAGGCACGGCCUCCCGCAUCCCAGACCUCACCUGCCGCGACGUUAGGCCAGGUGAGCCGCUGCGUCAGUUUCUGGGGCUCUGCGCAAAGAGGAUAGCACAGCGGAGGAGGGAUAGAGGUGGGGGGGAUGACGGAUCGGCACGGAUAUUUGAGUUCCCUUCUUCUAUCCUUCCCUUCUCUUCCUACCACCCUCUUCUUUUACCUACCACUUCUUCUUACUCCUUCAUCCUUCCUUCCUUUCCUUUCUUUCCCCCUUUUCCUACAAAAUAUACCUCACACCCCCUGCCCCCUCAUGCCAUCCGCUCCCCCCGCCCCUACCCUCCGCGUGCCCGCUCCCUUGCCGCCUCUUUUGACCCUCCCUGCCCCCCCUCGCCGUUUCCCACCGCCCGCCAUUCGCUCCUCCCCGCCCGUGCGCUCCCCUCCUUUACCUUCUCCUCCCCCCUCCCCUCCUCUGCUGCACGCCUCUUCCCUCCCCUCGCCGACCCACUCCACUCCCUGCCCCUCCUCAAUCCGCACCCUGCCCCUCGUAUCUCGCCCCCCUAUGCUUGGUUUCUCCCCUCCCUGCCCCUCGCCGCCUUUCCCCGCUCCCCACCUCCCCCCUCUCCCUGCCCCCCCCACUCUCCCCCCCCUUGUCCUUGGCUUCCUACCUCCCUGCCUCACCUUUCCCCCCUCCGUGUGCUCAGCUUCUCCCCUCCCUGCCCCUCCCUCCUCCCCGCCCUGCCCCUCAUUUUCCGCCCCCCCCCACGCCCGGUUUCUCCCCUCCCCGCGCCUCCCUUUCUUUCUCCGUGCCUCUCCUUUGCUCCCUCCCUGCCCCCGCCUGCCCAUGCCCCUGUCUUUGGCUUCUCCCCUCCCUGCCCCACGUUUCUUCCCUCCCUGCCCCCCGUCUGCCCCUCCCUUGUUUUCCCCUCACCCAUUGCUUCUCUCCUCCCUGCCCUUGAUUUCCCACACCCCUGCCCUCGUUUCCUAUCAUCCAUGCCCCUCGUUUCCCCCCUUUGUACGUUCAGCCUCUUCCCUCCCUGCCCCUCCCUUCCUCCCCCCCUGCCCUUUGCUCUCCCCUCGUUACGCUCCCUUCUCCCCAUCCCUGCUGCCCUCUUACCACCAUCAGCCCAUCCCCACGACCAGCCCCCCUCCCACCCUUCAAUCCCCCCUCCCUCUCUCUCUCUCUCUCUCUCUCUCUCUCUCUCUCUCUCUCUCUCCUCUCUUUCUCACACACACACACACGCACACUCCCCUCCCCCACCCCCCCCACGUACAUCCUCCCAUUCUGCCCCUCCCUGCCCCUUUCCCACCCCCUCGCACGCCCCUCACCUCCCACCUCCGUGCAACUGGUUUCCCCCCUAUGGUGCCACCCUUGCAUCGCUCGCCCCUCUGCUCACCCUCUGCCCGCCCCUUUUCCGUGCCCUCAGUUGGCCCAGCCCCUGCCCGUUGCUGCCCCUCCCCUUGCCCCCUCAACUCCCCUGCCCCCCGUACACCCCAAGUCCCAUCCAACCGCCCCCACCCUCCCCCGGCUGCCCGUUUCCGCUCUCCACCCCCGCGACCGUGUGCGGCUUCCAACCGCCCAACGGUGGUGCGCACGGGGCGUUUCUUCGCACGGGCAAGCCUCCCCGGGGGCCCCCCACCCCGCUGGGUCGUUCCCCCCGUCUCCCUGCCCUUAGUACCGCCGCGCUCUGCCCGCGCGUCACCCUCGCCCACUUCAUACCACCUCCCCCUUCUCCCCCCCCCCGGCUUCCCCCUAUCAUCACCCGCAUGUUCCCCCACUCCCCUGUCCACAACGUCCCUCCUCCACCCCCCCUCCUGCCUUCCCCACUCCCACUCUGUCCCCCACACCUCUACGAGCCGUACCUCCCCCUCCAGCCUCCCUUUUCCCCCCCAGCUAUUUCCGCAUCCAGCCCACCUACCCCAGCCUCCCUCUACCUCUCCCUAACUCCACGCUGCCGUUCCUACCCCCAGCCAGGGUCUACACCCCUUGCUUUUGCUCCCUGUGCUGUGCCGUCCCCAACCUCCUCUCCCCCUUCUCCAACACCCUCCAUAUUUCCUCCCCCCUGGGGCUCGCCCAUCCGCAGCGCCUCCUUUCGGUGCCCUCUCGGCCCUCCCACGUUCUCACCCCCCGCCCUCCAACCUUCUCAUUACCCGCUACCAGGCUCACGCCAACCCGACUACCCACUACCCUUUGCCCCUUCCUCUCUGUUCCCCACCCUUCCUCCCCCACUUGGCUCCACCUGCCCACCCCCACCUCCCGUGGAAUUCUGCCCUGCCCUCCCCACCUCUGGCCCACCACCUGUCCCCACACCCUGCUCACCCACCACUACAUCACCCCCGCCCCCCCACCUCCACUACAGCCCGCCAACACUUCCCCUCUCAACCGGCCCCCAGCCCGCCCCCCCCUUGGGCCCCAAUCCCCUCCAACUGUCAGGCCCCCUCUACCCUCUCUUCCACCCACUGCGCACCGCUUUCCCCACCCUUUUUCCAUUUCCCCAAGCUAACCCCCCGCACCCCGGCCUCUGCCAGGGAGUUCCUUCCCCCUUUGACGCCCUCUUGAGCCAACUCCAGCAACUCACGCCGCCACCGCCAGGCAUGCUGCCUCUAUUACUUGUGAAAACACUUAAUCCUACUAGCACCCCCAAGCACAUAGAAGCGGGAGGGGGCAGAGCCAGGGGGGAACUUGCAGCUAACACUGCACGGGAAGGGGUAAGUGAAUGUGUGUGCGAAGGAGCAGCAGAGGCUGCAGAGGAUGGGGCAGCAAAGGCUGCACGGGAAGGGGCAAUGGGGGUUGUGGGGGAAGGGGCAGCAGAGGUUGCAGAGGAAAGGGCAGCAGAGGCUGCAAGGGAAGGGGCAGCAGCGGCUGCACGGGAAAGGGCGGCAGAGGCUGCACGGGAAGGGGCAGCAGGGACCGUGACUCUGGCCAGGCAAAGGGCAGAGGCCAUGGAGACAGGGCCGGCAGAGACCGCAAAAGGGGCUAGCAGUAAAGCGGCAGCAGGCGGGGUGGGCUCGGGGGACAUAGGGGCAACAGGGGAAGGAGAGGUGAGUGUGGUCCCGACCGGGGUGGGCACGGAAGAGGGGGAUGUGAUAGCGAUAGAGGAGGAUGAGGGAGAGGAUGUGAUGCACAUUGACGGGCCACUGGCCCAAUACCUCACGCCUGACGGUGAGGCCGACCCGGCCCCCCUGCAGCCUCACGUCGAGGUUCCCCCUCUACCCCCCAUGCCCGUCCACAUGCUAGCAGAAGGACCGAUGGAGGGGCUGGGGGAGACCUUGAGGACAGAGCCGCACGAGGGAGCCCCCAUCCUCACCUCCCGUCCUCCAGCCCACCCACCCCCAGGAGCACCAUUUCCCCACCCCCACCCUCAGGUCCCGGUAGUAUCCAGGGGGGCAGCCAAGGCCCUGGCCUUCUUGGCGGAGCCGUGCUCCCCGACCCCCACGUUGCUCCAUGGCCAGCCCCCCUCUCCGUCCCCAACCCCUGACCCCACGGUUGCAGGCGGUCCACCGGGAGAGCACGCGGGUGCGACAAGAGCAGAGUCACCCGAGGGCACCCCUUCUCUCACCUCUCACCCCUCCCCGCCCCUUCCCUCACUCCUCCCCUCACCCCCAAGGGCAGCACACCUCUGCCCCCACCCUCAGGGGCUCCUUAGAGCACCACGUGGAGCAGCCAGGGCUCUGGCCUUCCUAGAGGAGCCAUGCUCCCCGACCCCUACCAACACCCAGCCACCCCCUACCGGCCCACUACCCCCCCCUCCACCAGGCCCCCCCCCACCCGGUAGUACACACAUCUCGGAGGUUGAAGCAUCUCUGCGGCCAAAUCCCUCUCCCACACGCUACAGGCACCCAAACCACCCGAGUCGCCGCACAGCCCCAACACGCCCACCCAACAGGCUGCCCCCCUCACACCACCCCCCCCAGGCAGCCGAGACCCACCCGCAAGGGCUUGCGCCCCAGGCUCAUGGGAGCGGCGGCACCCGGGUAGAGGGGCCCACAGGAGAGGCCACCACAGAGCCCACACAAACCCCUCUCCCCCCACCGUUUGUACCUCGCUCUAACCUCCACACUGGCCCAGCCCCUCGACCCCCACCUUCAACCCCCCCUCCCGGCCGGGUUCCCCACGAGUGGCCCCGUUGGGCAGCCAUCACCCCCCACACACAGCCUGCCCGAUCUGUCCCCACGGAGGGGGAUGUCUCGAGGAGAGAGGGGAUGCACACAGAGCACCCCCCGCCCGGCGAACCACCCAUCCUCCCUCCAACCACCCCUUUGGCCCCACAGCCCCCCCUUCCUUCACAAACAGGCGCGGACAACCGGGUUGGCCGCCGGCGGAAGAACAGGGGCAGAGGAGGCAGAGGGUCAGCCCACGUACUCCCCCCUCCCUCCCUCCCCCACCAAGAGCCCCUCCCCACCCCGCAUCCUGUUGAACCCUUACCAGGCCCUACCGCUACAGCCCGACCACCAAACCCACACUCCCGCCCCGCUCCUACACCUCCACAGGGCCAUGGGAGCGGACCAGCCCACUCUCCCCCAUUCUGCCCCUCCCUUGCUGUGUCCCCCUCCCAGGUGGCGGCGGCCGCGAUCGCUACGGGGAUGGAGGCCGUCGGGUUGAGGGAUGCGCCCAUGGAAGACGCCACCGACUCCCCCUCCCAUCCCUCCCACCCCUUCCAUGUCGACGACCCCCUACCGCAACCCAUGGUGAUUGGGGAGGGCCAAGGGGGCCUUCUAGGGCAGGGUCCACACCCGAGCUCCGCUCAGCCAGCAAGCCCCACUCCACCCUCUACCCUGCCAGCCCUCCUACUCUCACCUACAGGCAGGCAGGUCUUCGAGACCCCAGAGGAGGUGAGGGCUGGCAUUUCAGAUUUGCUGGCGAUACACCGCCCGAGCAGCUCUCCGGCUGCCCCCACCCUUCCAGUCCCACAGGACCGGACCCGGACGUAUGCGGAGGUCACCCGGUCUGUCCCUUCUUUUAUCCCCCCCGCCACUCAGCCAGGCGCGUCACUCCCGACCCCAAUGGAGACGGACCAGGUUCAGAGGCCGUGUCACGCGCACCUAGAUGGGGUGGCGCCUCCCCCCGUUCAGCCCGUGGCGCAGGAGGUCACCAGCAGUAGGGAUGAGGCAUCCGCCCCUACCGAGACCCCUCCGCCUGGGGUAGCAGAGCCGUCACUUGAACCGCACCUCGCCGAGGGGCAGGAGCACACCACGGCACACACUUCAGGCUCACCCCCACGUCCCCCCUCCCCAGCUUCGACACCGGUUCCGGCACGAGGCCCGGCCCUAUCCUGUGCGACACCACCUCUAUCUUCGCUGACACCCCCCAUGCACGGGGUUGGUGAGUCGUCGCCUCCCCUCAUCCCAGGCGAUCCUCUCGGAGCUCAGGCCGCCCACGGGGUCCCCUCUACAGCCAGUUCCGACGCCACGGCCCCGAUUGACCCCGCCGACACGGCGACAUCACCCGACCAGGUCGUGAGUUGCCCCACCUGCAGGAGCUCUCUCGCGAACCGACGCGCGCUCCAGCACCACUUUCCCUUCUGCCAUCCUGCGGACGCGGCUCGCAGGGCGCAGGCUGCCCAUGACACCGCCUCGAUCAUCCCUUCCCUCUCACAGCCCCGUGCGACCGGGAUACAGUUCACCGACGCACAGUGGCAGACGCUCGACUCGUCCGCAUUGCCCAGGACCCGGAGGCUGCUGGCCCUACCUUCCUCCUCGCCUGCAGCGCCGACUCUUUUCCUUGUUCCAGCGACGCCACCCGACCGCUCGCACACGGCUGCCAUUGCAACGCGCAUCUCCCGCUUUGGUCGAGGUGAGUGGGCUGAGCUAGUCUCAGAUGCACUAGGCCGUCGCACACCCCUUCCUCGGCGCACAGGUCACCGGUCACGCACCGCCACCGAUCCCUCUACAGCAGAUGAGCGCCGCAUUGCACGUUGCCUACGUCUGGCAGCGUGCAAUGAGACCUCACGGGCGUGCGCGGCUCUCGAGUCCGCGGAGGCAGCCCCAGAUACACAGGGGACGAUACAGCGCCUGCAGUCGAAGCACCCCAACGCGGAGAGGCCGACCCCAGCUUGGCAGUCUGGCUUCCAGGGGUCCCCUCUCGUGCUCUCGGUGGAUCCACUUACGCCGCGCGAUUUUCACAGCUCCGCGGGGCUCUUCGGGAGGACCCAGUGGCUCCGAGGCCGUUGCGCUCCAGCUACGCGCUCCUUGCUAGCGUCUUCCACCCUCGUGGCUCUGGCGAAGUCGAACAUGGAUGUUCGGCCGAUUGCCAUCGGCGAGGUCUUGGUCCGCAUUCUUUCUCGUGCAGUCUGUCUCCAGCUACGUGACCAGAUGGCGAGGGUCUUCUUGGCGUCACAGCAGUUUGGGGUGGGGGUUACGUGCGGGACAGAGGUCGUAGUUAGAGGCGUCCGCCGCGCUCUGGCUGACCACCCAGACUGGGUGGUCCUGCAGCUAGACGUGGCGAAUGCCUUUAACUCUUUCCACCGAGACAGGAUGUUCCAGGCGCUGCAGGCCAGCCCGGAGUUUCAGUGCCUGAUCCCCUUCAUCGGCCUCUUCUACGGGACGCCCUCGGAUCUCCACUACAGGUCAGGCACGGGAGUGGUCACGAUGCACUCGGAGCGGGGCACUCGCCAGGGAGACCCUCUCAGCCCCUUCUUGUACGCUCUGACACAGCGUCUUGCUUUGGAGCCGGUUCUGGUGGAGGGGGAUGUCCAGCUCUGGUCGUACGCCGAUGACACGUACGUGCUAGGUCCCCCAGACAGGGUGCUGCACCACUUUGCCGAGAUCGUGAGGCGCUUGGGCGAGAUGGGCCUUGCAGCCCAGCCGCACAAGUGCCUCGUCUACCAGACAGAGUCCUUUCUGUCCAGGGAUCUGGAGGCCUUCACGGGCCUAGGGAUCGAGGUCGCACGCCGAGGGCUCACCGUGACAGGCGUACCGGUAGGCACCGUUUCGUUCGUGGAGCAGAGUCUCCCGGAUCGUCUCGAGAGGAUGGGGCGGGUGCUACCUUGGCUUCCGAGGUUGCGCCAGCCCCAGACAGCUGCCCGCCUUCUGUCGGCGUGUGUCAGCACUCGUCCGCAGUACCUGUCGAGGACCGUCCCUCCUUCGCCCGCAGUGAUCUCUAGUUUUACACGGUGGGACGCACGCCUGGGAGAGACAUUUCAGCAGCUUUUAGCUUCAGGGACCUGGGCUUGUCGCGAGGACGUCCGAGAGGCCGCCCUAGACCAGAUCUUCCUCCCCAUCCGUCUCGGGGGUUUCGGCAUUCGUCGCAUGGCACGCAUUGCCCCGGUGAGUUUCGUGUGCUCCUGGGUGCAGUGUGCUCCCAUUCUCUGUUCUCUCCCUGCGUGUGGCGAGGCGUUUCGGCAGAGCUUCGCUUCAGGUGAGCCAGAGCAGAUCGACCGGGCUCUGCAGACGGCGCUAGAGGGUCUCCCACCUGACGUUCUCUCUCUCCUUCCCCCCUGGCCCUCUUGCGCUUCUGCCUCCCCCGAUUCCCUUUUUGCAGGAGCGAGCCGUCUUCUGGAGGCGCAUGCCUUGGAGGCCGUGCGUGCCCGUCACGCCUCUCCCUUGCACCUUGCCCGUUUGACUUCCCUUCAGGGCGCAGGUGCAGGGGCGUGGUUGACGUCGGUGCCGUACGCUGACCCACUGCGCAUCCCGGAGGCGCUGUGGCAGGCGGCUUCAUCUUCUCGUCUUGGUCUCCCUAUCCCCCAGUUAGCCCUUGCAGGUCAGUGCUCCUGCGGACAGGCGAUUGACGACAUGACGGUGCCUCAUCACGCGGUUCGGUGCCCGCGCUACGGGGUCGCCACUACCAUCCACGACACGGUGAAGUACAUGCUUCGAGACUUUGCGGUCGAGGCGGGCUUCGCAGUAAAGGUGGAGGACUCUACGCUGUUCACACAGUUGGAGGCGGCUCGAGCGAGACUACUGGGACAGCCAGUGGUGGGAGAGGGGACGCGGGCUGAGGGACCGGGGGAGCAGAGAGGCGAGGCGGGAUCAGCCGGGUGGCGGGGGACAGUGGGGACAGCACCAGCUGCGGGGUCAGGUGGAGCGAGGGAUAGGGGGGCAGAGGGGUACGGCAGGGGGAGCAGACGGGCCAGGACGGGAGAGGGGAGACGGCACAGGCAGCAGCAGGAGAGCCAGGGGAGGCCGCGGGCCCAGGGCGCCGCGCCUCCAGGUUCGGCCUCGGAGGUGGGGCAGGGGCGGGAGCAGCAGAGAGCGGACGGAGGUACAGGAGGGGCAGCGGGAUUGGGAGGGGAGGGCCAGGGAGUGAGAGAGGCAGCAGGGGAUGGAGCAGGGGGGUCGGGAGGGUUGGGGGAGGGUAGAGAGGGGGAGGGGAGAGGACAGGUGGAUGGAGGAGAGGAGAGGGGGAGAGAGACGAUCGGAGAGGAGGCACCAAGGGACCAGACAGGGCAGCAGCCAGCGCAACAGCAGGGACCAGUCGGACGCACAGGCCGUGUAGGCACCGCCUCCCGCAUCCCAGACCUCACCUGCCGCGACGUUGGCCAGGUCACACCCCCUGCCCCCUCAUGCCAUCCGCUCCCCCCCGCCCCUACCCUCCGCGUGCCCGCUCCCUUGCCGCCUCUUUUGACCCUCCCUGCCCCCCCUCGCCGUUUCCCACCGCCCGCCAUUCGCUCCUCCCCGCCCGUGCGCUCCCCUCCUUUACCUUCUCCUCCCCCCUCCCCUCCUCUGCUGCACGCCUCUUCCUUCCCCUCGCCGACCCACUCCACUCCCUGCCCCUCCUCAAUCCGCACCCUGCCCCUCGUAUCUCGCCCCCCUAUGCUUGCUUCUCCCCUCCCUGCCCCUCCCUCCUCCCCGCCCUGCCCCUCAUUUUCCGCCCCCCCCCCACGCCCGGUUUCUCCCCUCCCCGCGCCUCCCUUUCUUUCUCCGUGCCUCUCCUUUGCUCCCUCCCUGCCCCCGCCUGCCCAUGCCCCUGUCUUUGGCUUCUCCCCUCCCUGCCCCACGUUUCUUCCCUCCCUGCCCCCCGUCUGCCCCUCCCUUGUUUUCCCCUCACCCAUUGCUUCUCUCCUCCCUGCCCUUGAUUUCCCACACCCCUGCCCUCGUUUCCUAUCAUCCAUGCCCCUCGUUUCCCCCCUUUGUACGUUCAGCCUCUUCCCUCCCUGCCCCUCCCUUCCUCCCCCCCUGCCCUUUGCUCUCCCCUCGUUACGCUCCCUUCUCCCCAUCCCUGCUGCCCUCUUACCACCAUCAGCCCAUCCCCACGACCAGCCCCCCUCCCACCCUUCAAUCCCCCCCUCCCUCUCUCUCUCUCUCUCUCUCUCUCUCUCUCUCUCUCUCUCUCUUUCUCACACACACACACACGCACACUCCCCUCCCCCACCCCCCCCACGUACAUCCUCCCAUUCUGCCCCUCCCUGCCCCUUUCCCACCCCCUCGCACGCCCCUCACCUCCCACCUCCGUGCAACUGGUUUCCCCCCUAUGGUGCCACCCUUGCAUCGCUCGCCCCUCUGCUCACCCUCUGCCCGCCCCUUUUCCGUGCCCUCAGUUGGCCCAGCCCCUGCCCGUUGCUGCCCCUCCCCUUGCCCCCUCAACUCCCCUGCCCCCCGUACACCCCAAGUCCCAUCCAACCGCCCCCACCCUCCCCCGGCUGCCCGUUUCCGCUCUCCACCCCCGCGACCGUGUGCGGCUUCCAACCGCCCAACGGUGGUGCGCACGGGGCGUUUCUUCGCAUGGGCAAGCCUCCCCGGGGGCCCCCCACCCCGCUGGGUCGUU